AUGAAACAAGAUGAUAGCUGGUAUUGGAAAAAACUAAUCAAGCUGAGUCAUUUAGUGUCUGGAUUAGAUUUGGAUGCUGUUAUAGUGCAUGGUCAGCUUAGGUUGAACAAGUUGUAUACUCAUUUUAUUUCUGGUGUGAGGAUAGAUUAUGGGCGUACAGUUUGGUUCAAGUUUUCAGUGCCUAAGCACCGGUUUGUUCUUUGGCAAGCUGUUAAUAAUCACUUACUCACUAGAGAUCUUCUCCAUAGUUUUCAUGUGAAUAUUAAUUCUUUGAGCUACCCUGUUUGUUGCCAAUUGAAUGAAUCCCAUUCGCAUCUCUUCUUUGAGUGCAUUUUCUCUGAGAAGCUCAGACUGACUAUUGCUACCUGGUUGGGGGAUUUGAUCUGGGCUGGAAAGUUUGCUGAUUGGCUUGAUUGGUUGGCUGUUUGCAGGCGUGAUUGGCUGGGCCAGGUGGUAUCUGCUACUCUUGUAGCUGCUGUAUAUUUCCUCAGGUUUAACAGGAACAAGUGUGUGUUUGAUAAUUGUUGUUUUUCGGUUACUAAAUUCAAUCAACUGAUCCGGUUUUCUAUCAAAGCCAGAGCUCUUAAUUUCAGCUCUAAGAAGUUGUCAUCUAGAGAGAGACAAAUGCUAGAUUUUAUUUCUGAUCUGUAA